AUGGGCGAGUGGGUGGUUGGAGCUUUUAUUAACCUUUUUGGAAGCAUUGCAAUUAACUUCGGAACUAAUCUUCUUAAAUUGGGCCAUGACGAGAGAGAAAGACAUGCUCUGUUAGUUGAAGGGAUUAAUGGAAAGACACUACUGAGGCCUGUCAUAAGCUUCCAAUCUUGGAGAAUAGGUAUUCUAUUUUUCGCUUUUGGAAAUGCCCUUAACUUUAUUUCCUUUGGAUAUGCUGCUCAGUCACUUCUUGCAGCAUUGGGAUCCAUACAAUUUGUGUCAAACAUCGCGUUUGCCUAUUUCGUCUUACAGAAAACAGUCACUGUAAAAGUAUUAGUCGCCACAACUUUUAUUGUUCUUGGAAACAUCUUCCUUGUUGCUUUUGGCAAUCACCAAUCACCUGUUUACACACAGGAGCAGUUGGCAGAAAAGUACAGCAACAUUACAUUCCUUUUCUACUGUCUGCUUUUGGUGGUGGUGGUUCUCAUGCAUCAUUAUGUAUACAGGAGAGGAGAAUUGUUGCUUGCUAUUCCAGGGAAGGAUCUUAUGAGAUACUGGAAGUUACUGCUUCCUUUUUCAUUUGCUGUAGUUUCAGGAGCCAUAGGAUCAUGUUCAGUUCUCUUUGCAAAGUCUCUCUCAAAUCUUUUAAGACUGUCCAUGUCAAGUUCAUAUCGUUUGGAUAGCUGGUUCACGUAUUCGAUUCUUUUAUUGUUUCUAUGUACAGCUGGAUUUUGGAUGGCAAGGUUGAACGAAGGAUUAUCACAGUUUGAUGCCAUACUUAUAGUCCCCAUGUUUCAGAUAGCUUGGACAUUUUUCUCAAUUUGUACUGGAUUUGUGUAUUUCCAAGAAUAUCAGGUACUUGACGCCUUGAGGACGGCGAUGUUUAUUCUGGGAAUGAUUUCAGUAUUCAUAGGAAUUUCAUUGCUGGCACCCGACGACUCGAAAGAAGUGAAGGAAAGUCCCUUAUCAUCCGUGGCUUCAUCACAUGUCAACCCUGAAACAGAAAGGUUGUCGAAGCCAUGUGAAGAGUCGCAACUGCAAAUCAAGGACAUGAAGUCGCUGGCAAGAGUAAUGGCAACAAAAGCGACAGCAGCCAUGGUGAAAGCAAAGAGUACAUGCACACUGUUGCUUGGUAUGGGGGAUGAUACCAUGCAUGCUUCAUCGGUUCUUGCGAUGCCCAUGGUUUCCUCAAAAAUCACAGGCUUUAGAGGUGUCGGAGGUGAACACCGGUCAAAGUUGUCGUUGAGAAGUCCGUCGGGGUGGGGGAGGAUUCCGGUGGAGGACGAAACUGUAAAUAUGCUGGAUACUACUUCAACUGCCAUUUACGUUGCCCCAAGAAAUCGUCCCUUUCUUUUCUCCUCUGGUUUAUCAUCUUCGUCACUGCAAAACAUCAAACGGAAACUAGGGUUUUCAUCUUCAUCAUUUGCGAUGGUUCUAACUUUGUGGAAUGUCCGUUCAAAAUUCUCAGAAAAUCCUGACCUGAUCAAAGCUUAUGUUGAGUUAAGUAGUUUUUGCACAUUCAAGAUUCACCAUGGGGGUAUGUUCACAAAAUACCCAGGAAGACGUUACGUUGGUGGGAGUAUUGACUAUGUUGACUACGUAGACAUGGACGUGUUCUCCGUACAUGAGUUAGACGAUAUGAUGAAGGAGAUAGGUUAUAUCAACGGUGAGCCUAUCUACUACCACUUCUUGAUUCCAGAGAUUGAAAUCGGUUAUGGGUUACUUCCUUUAGGUAAUGACUCAGACGUACUUUUGUUAAGUAAGCAUGUCGCUAAUCAUAAAGAGAUUAUGGUGUAUACUGAACAUGGAACUACUAGACUCCAUACAUACUUUAUGUCUCCAAAUCAGGUCGUAUUGGAAGAAAUCAAUGAGCCUAUUUCUCCGGAACUCAAUCGAAAAAAGUUUACAAGUACAGAGGUAGGAUCAUGUAGUAGAAAAUUGGACUUGAAUGAGAACUAUGACUAUUCUAGGUCUGUUGUACCUUUUGGACAUUUUGAUAGAGAUGUAUUGAAAGAUGUUGGAGUUCAGCCUGCAAGUGAGGAGCUUAACAAAGCCCAAGAUGUUGGACCUUCAGAAGACUUUGAUCCUUUCUUUUAUAUGGAUCAUAAUGAUUACCAACAGAUGGGGGACGAUGAUUACCAACAGAUGGGGGACAAUGAAGAAAUUGGAGAUGCUAUUAGUGAUGAGACUAGUACCAAUGGAAGUAUAAGCGAGGAUAGUGACUUUUUAGUGGAUGAACUUAAUAUGGUGGAGGAUGUCGAAGUGAAUAUGAAAGAAUUCCACAGUGGUGUUUAUUCUUUUCCAAAUCUAGAUAACCACCAAUCAUUCAAUGCACCUGAUGUCACAGUUGAUGACGAUUUGGAAGUGAUAGAUACACAGUUGUUUGAAUCAGCUGGUGUAGAAGAAGAUGAGAGGAAGAAGUUAAUGAGAAGCUACAAUGGAGGGGGAAGGAGCACAGAGAUCAUUUAUGGGAAUGUGCAACAGCAACAACAAAUUAGACACUUUGACAGAUUCAUGGAAGAUUUUAACAAGUUCAAUUCAAAGGCAUGUGAUUGGUUAAAGAAAAUUCCACCCAAACAUUGGGCCAGAGCACAUAUUUCAGGAAGAGCACAUACAGAUAUUUUGUUGAAUAAUUUAUGUGAAGUUUUCAACUCAAAGUUGUUAGAUGCUCGAGACAAACCUAUAAUUACAUGUUUAGAAUAUAUUAGGGAAUACUUAAUGAAACGAAUUUGUAUUGUGCAAAAUGUGAUAGAUAAGUCUCAAGGGCCUCUUACCCCAACAGCCACAAAACUUUUAGAUGGAGUUAAGAAACAUGCUUCUCAAUACACUUGCAUAUUUAAUGGUGCUGAGAAGACUCAAGUUACUGGGACAAUGGGGGAACAAUUUGUGGUUAAUUGGAGGGACAGGAACUGUAGUUGCAGGCAUACAGAGAUCACUGGGAUACCAUGCUCUCAUCUUGUUAGUGCCAUUUGGGAUAAGGUUGAGCAUGGGGCAAAAAAUGUCCCACCUCUUGAGGAGUGGGUACAUCCAUGUUAUAGGUUAAGCACAUGGAAUGAAAUGUACAAGUACAAAGUUCAACCAAUCAAUGGAAGAAGUAUGUGGCCAAAGUCAGAUUGCCCCACAACACUAACACCCCCCAAACAUACUAAACAGGUAGGGAGACCAAAAAAGAAGAGAAAGAGAGCUCAAACUGAAGAACCAAAUAAUCAAGGUAAAAGUUUGACCAGGAAGUUCCUUACAGUUACUUGUAGCAAAUGCAAGAACAAGGGUCACAACUCUAGGAGUUGCAAGGGACAAGGGGGACAAACUGAAGUUAGAAAUGUGGUGGCAGGGGGCAAGAAGCUUAGCAAGGCAAAGAAGCAGGGAGAUGGAAAAAAGGAUAAAUCCAAAAUGAAGGAAAAAGUUUGA